CCAUCUUGAGACCCUUUUAUCAUUUAUAUUCGCCUAUUUCGUGCUUGUAAUAUCAUCUACCUUUAUCUACGCAGUAGACGGGCAUGCGACUGUGACUGUCGCAAUGCCGAGUCUCGAGAUCCCUGGGGAAUUUCUAAGACAUGCUGUUCUAGAUACAGUUGUCCCGCAUGCUUCGAAUAUAGAUUUGGAGGUUGCAUUGACAUCUGCUUUGGAGGAAGGCGCAGAUGAUCUAUCAGACGUACUUUCGCAUAUCUCACAGCGCUCUCUUCUCUUCUUUGAUGAAUUCUGCACCGCCCGCGUUGUCCUCAGACUCUCCAAUUGCUCAGAAGCCAGCGUGAAACAUCACCUUCCGCUCCUCGAACUCAGAGUCGAUGCCUUUGCCAUUGAUCCCGCGGAAUCAGUUGCGGAGAAUCCAACACCUACGAGAGACCUGAUCUUCUCAGGGGUUGUAAGUGGAAAGGAAGAUCCCUUGGUGGUGGUCAAUGAGUUCGAAGGUGAUACGGGAACCGGAAACCACGUAUAUGUAAUAUGGAGUAUCGAGGCAUUCUUGAAGCGGCCACGCAUUCGUAUCCAAUACCCUUCGAUCCUGUUCAUUGCUUCUGCUAGUCUGAACCCAUCUCAAGGCCGAAACCCGGAUUCUCGAGAAGAUGAUUAUCUCCCUACGAUGGUCCCUGCGUCCACGAACAUCUUGCAACCAUUGUCAGCAGAUAAAGCAUUCAAGAAAACAGACCCAUUCCUUCCAGCGUCAAGACUCCUACGGGUUGUACCAGCAACAUACAGUGAGGACCCAAUAUAUAAUGUUCAGCAACAAUCAGGGCAUCCCAUUCGGGUUGUCCCUGCAGCUAGUGCAAGAAUCCGUUAUUCACGGCUCAACUCAUACUCUGGUCGACCAACGACCGUGGCAAGUCUCGAUUUCGAAGUGACACCGUUCUUGGAUUGCGAUGUUGUAUUGGAUAAAGCGGAUCUUAAACUCUCUGAUGGUACCAUUGAGACUUUAUCAAAUGUGCCGGGGCUUAUUCCACCCAUAACAUGCCGCCCAAGGGACGAUGUUACUCUGGUAUACAAAUUGACUCCAGAGUACGGCCCGGAACCCAAUCCUUCGACCACUGUGAUGAUUAGCAUUUUGCAUAUAUCUCUAGAAGCAGUUAUAAACCUGUCGGACGAUUGUCAACCCCGGAUCUCCAUGCAGUGGAGUACAAACAUUGAUUUCUCUUUGGUUUUGAAUCCGACUUUUGGCGGACCGAGUCCAGCCUUACAAAGGAAUAACCGCCCGGCAAGCCUCCCAAUGACACCAAACCAAGGCAAUGCCACUGGUCCUCCUAGCCGAAGUUCUCUACGAGAGCGGGCAUACUCUGUAACAGAUUUGGGGGUGACCAUAUCAUUUGCUGGCCCCGUCAGCGUUGAAGUUGGCAAGCCAUUCUCCUGGAGUGUUUUCAUCGUCAAUCGGUCGACAGUGCCUCGAAAAUUUGCCAUGGUUGCCCUGCCCCGACGAAAGCGAGCGGAUCCCAGAGGACAUGUUGCCCGUCCAUCAUCUUCGUCUAUCUCAAGUCCCAAGGAAGACCAGGUUGCAGAGGCAGUGACAGACGACAAUAUUGUGCAUGCGAUGCAGAAAAGCGUGGCCGGUCAGGAAGCGGAACUCAUUUGCUUGAGUACAGAUAUUCGUGUUGGUCCACUUUUGCCUGGAACAUGCCAUUCGACAGAAUUGAAAUUGCUUCCCUUGGCUCUGGGCUCUUUACAUUUAGAAGCCGUGCGCCUUGUGGAUGUCAAUACCAACGAAACGACGGAUAUCAGAGAUCUCCCCGACAUUUUCGCAUCUGACAGUAGAGUCCCAUCGUGAUGAAUGCAGAAUACGAUAGAAUAGAGCUUCUAUUAUUACCCCACAAAUAUUGCCUAGUGUGUAUAACAUCCGGGGGAUGACUGGGUCUCCAUUUGGCAAUAAACCAAGCCAAUGAGAAUACAAUGCAUGACUUAUUAAAAAAUGAAUAAUAAUUGAAUGAUGAAGAUCAUUAAUAGUAGAUCAUAAAAGGGU